AUGAUGGAGACAACGAGCCACCGACCCUGGGAGUCGCAUCCCCCUCCCAGCCUUCCUCAGACACUGCCGUCAAUAGCUUCUUUGACCUCAAAGCUCCCUGUCCAGCCUCUGGACAGAGCGCCGUCAGAUCUAUCGAUCCAUCCGCCCCAAAGAGAUUCGGGAAGUUGGAUGACUCCCGGUACCCUAUCGGGAUCUUCGACGAACUCGAUGCCCUACCUAAACUCUGCCCACUCCCCAACCGGCACCGGAACGUCGCCUUUCACUCCUGACAACCCCUCUGCACCUCCAGCACCGUUCAACGGUGGCUUGCACCCGCACACUAACGGACUUCCAGCGCCAACGUCAGACCCAAACUCCAAUCCAAACAGAGGUAGCGGCGACUUUGACGACUCGCGGAGGAGCAGUGUUGCUUCAAACAGCAUUCACACAGGCAUGAAUAACCUUGGGCUCGGUCCCACAUCUCCUUACACAAGCACCAAUGCAUCUCAAACGUCUCUUGUGUCUGGCCUUCAAAGAGAGCGAGGUAUCCAGACGAAUGGGUAUGCGGGAGGAGGCGGCCGAUAUUCGACCAUGAGCGGUCCAAUCUCAUCGUUCGGUUCGAAUCGCGGUGGAAGAGGUGGUUUUGCUGCAGGACGAGUGGCACCCCCGAUUCUCGAGAACCCUAAGCAAGAAGUCUACAGUGCGGAAGCUCCCACUCGAGGCCAGGCAUAUGCAUUUCCCGAUCCAGACGCGCCUCGGCCGCCAGGCAGACCUCCUUCCACGUAUUCGCGCAGGAACAGCUUCGCAGAUUCAUUCUCUAGCAGUAUUUUGACAAUGGAAUCCAGCAGAUUACCAUUGGGGCAGCAAGAAUUGCCCGACACUCACCAUCACAGUCUACAACACAAACAGCUAGACAGUCUUCGAGGCGAUCCCGACUCUCCCAACGGCACCACACCCUACAGUCGCACACCGGAACUGCGAGUCACUCACAAGCUGGCCGAGCGCAAGAGACGAAGUGAAAUGAAGGACUGUUUUGAACAGUUGAGAAGCCGAUUACCGGCCAGUCAAAAUAAUAAAUCAAGCAAGUGGGAAACGUUGUCGCGGGCCAUUGACUAUAUUUCUCAGCUUGAAAAUCAGAACAAGCAAGCACGAGCCGAGUUUGAAAGCCAGCGGAUGAAGAUGGCUGAACUUGAAGCCAAGAUGCACGAAAUGAGUCGACAAAUGCAGGGAAUACAGCAGCCUCAGGGCUCCUUUCCACCUCCACCGACUGUGAUGCCACAGAGCCCCCUCGGAUACGGCUCCCACUUUAACAACCAUAUUGAUGGCUCCAACGAGCCAGCACGGACACUUCCGCCCAUAAUGAACAGCACCUCGAUGCAAGGUAUACAAUAUGAUGACCGGCGGUAG